AGGCGUCCGCCCCCCCCCCCCGCUCGGGCCUUCCCCCCUCCCCCCCCGGGCGGACCCCGGUCAGCGGCGCCGGGGGGAGGCGGAGAGGAGGGCUUUUGUCAACAUGACCGAGAGAACGGACAGCCUCCACUUCCAGUUUGACAACUACGGGGACUCGAUGCUGCAGAAGAUGAACAAGCUGAGAGAGGAGAACAAAUUCUGCGACGUCACCGUCCGUAUCGACGACCUGGAGGUCCACGGCCACAAGAUCGUCUUCGCCGCCGGCUCGCCCUUCCUGAGAGAUCAGUUCCUGCUCAACGACUCCAGGGAGGUCAAGAUCUCCAUCCUGCAGAGCUCGGAAGUCGGGCGGCAGCUGCUCCUCUCCUGCUACAGCGGGGUCCUGGAGUUCCCCGAGAUGGAGCUGGUGAACUAUUUAACGGCCGCCAGCUUCCUUCAGAUGAGCCACAUCGUGGAGCGAUGCACGGAGGCGCUCUGGAAGUUCAUCAGGCCGAAGCAGAAGCUGGAAAGCAAAGAGGGGAGCCAAGCCAGGGCCAAAUCCUCCCAGUCGAAGGAGGCUGUCGGAGCCAGUGGCGGGGAAGAGGAGGAGGAGGAGGAGGAUGACGAGGAGGAGGAGGAAGAAGACUCCUUGCAGCCCGAUUCGCCUUGCCUCCAGCCCUCGGAGGACAGCAUGGACAUGGACGAUAGCGACAUCCAGAUUGUGAAAGUGGAGUCCAUCGGGGAGGUGGCCGAGGCCGGGAGUAAAAAGGACCCCGCCCCUUUCGUUUCCUCCGGACAGCAGAGUUCCCUCCCUUCCUCGGAGCCCCAGCACUCUCUCAUCAACUCCACCGUGGAGAACCGAGUUGGCGACCUGGAGCAGAGCCAGCUCCACAACUACGCCCUCUCCUACUCGCCGGCCGACAACCUCAUCGUGGCUUCCAAGGACCUCUUCGGCCCCAGCAAUCGCGGGGUGGACAAGGGCCUGCAGUGGCACCACCAGUGCCCCAAGUGCACCCGCGUCUUCCGGCACUUGGAGAACUACGCCAAUCACCUGAAGAUGCACAAGCUCUUCAUGUGCCUCCUGUGCGGGAAAACCUUCACCCAGAAAGGCAACCUCCACCGGCACAUGAGAGUCCACGCCGGCAUCAAGCCCUUCCAGUGCAAGAUCUGUGGGAAGACCUUCUCCCAGAAGUGCUCCUUGCAGGACCACCUCAACCUGCACAGCGGGGACAAGCCCCACAGGUGCAAUUACUGCGACAUGGUCUUCGCCCACAAGCCGGUCCUCCGGAAGCACCUCAAGCAGCUUCACGGCAAGAACAGCUUCGACAACGCCAACGAGAGGAGCGCUCAGGACUCCAACGCGGACUUCGAUGCCUUCGGCUGCGGCUCGGGGGCGGACUCCAAGGGCUGCCCCGCCAACGAAGCCAGCCAGGUGCUGGAUGCGGGGAAACUGGCCCAGGCCGUGCUCAGUUUACGGAGCGAAAGCGCCUGCGCGAAUUAAGGGCUUGCCUGCCUCCCUCCCACCCAGCCAGCCUCUCUUUGCGAGUGAGAAGACCACCAACCGCCGCAGGGGUGCAGGAGAGGGGGGGUGCUCAAACCUGGCACGGCUCCCCCCCCCACUUUUGAGCUCUUGGGGCGGCCUGAACCUGACCUUGUAAGCAGGCCUCCUUCACCUCUUCCUUUUAGAAAGGUUCGGCGUGUCUCAGCGACUUUGUCCCUUUUGCAAACGGAACUUCCUUCUAUGAACAUUACAAGAGCUGGCACUAGUUAAUCCCUGGUUUGGUUAAAAGUUCUGGCAAAAAAAAGAAGCCACUCGGUUGUGAGCCAGCCGAAGGCAUUUAAAAAAAAACUAAAAAACCCAGGAACAGAUGCGCUCCGUGAUUGGCGGAGUUUUUAAGCUAAAAGACAGGACUGCGUUCUUAGAAAAAGGAAAAGGAGAGAAAAAAAACAAACAAAAAAACACUGGAUUAAUUAUAAAGUCUUUUUACUUGGGUCGCCUCUGGGCGGCCGUCUUCUUUUGUAUUCUUGAUUAAAAGCCCAUUAGGUACUUCCCUCUUGUCUCCUCCUACCCUAAGGAGCAUCCACUCCUUUAACACGGUAGUUCCUUUCCGAAUAGGACGGUUGGGAGGGAAGCAGCACAAUUGCUUCAGAGCAAACCUGGGGGAAAAUUGGACCAGCAGGUUAGUGGCAUGGCCCUUUUGUGCCCCGUAGGAUGAUCCUCUCUUUUGUCUUUCCGUUCAGGCUCAAUUCCUACCCUCGAUCCCACCAGAAUCUGGUUUCAUCCCAUCCUUUGUAGAAACGGCGUGCGUGCUUAGACUAGGACGGUUGAAGUUUGCAUGCGUCUCCCUCCCUCCCUCACCUGUGCGAUCCUUUUACAACGCAAAUUGGGUUUUUCUCCGUAACGGUUUCCCUCCGGAUGCUAGAAGGGCCUCUGCUUAACAUCUCUCUUUAUUUUCUGACGUAUACCCCUGGGAUCAGUUCCUUCGUCGUCCCUGAAACCCCAAGUCUUUUAAAAAAAAAAAAGAUUAUAUAUGGUGCUUCAAAUAACUAGUGGCAUUUGGUAAAAUGGUUAGAAGCAAGGAUUUGUUUGAAAAGGAUCUUAUUGUGCCCUUGUGAAGCCUCUGAAAAGGGAGAGGGUCUCCAGAGCAUACAAUAAGUCCUUCGACUCUUUGGAAUUAUUUCCUGGGGAGAGGCAAUUCCCAACUGUCAAAAAACAGUUACUAGUUGAAGGUGGAUUAUUAGUGUAUCGUAUGAGCCGUAUUUCAGUGACUCUUAGCCAAGAAUUCUGGCGUAGGAGACCCCUGGGAAUGUUUUUUCUAUUAUCAUGGUGGUCUUUUUUUUCCUGUGCUGGCAAAUCCAGGAAUCCCUGGGUUGCAGACUUGCAAUAUUUACUCCCCUAAUAAAAAGAGUUUCCUUUUGGAAAAAAAAACAUGAUUGGGGAAGAAACCUCGGGAUCUCCGGCUGCUCCAAAGAGACCUCCCAAAUCUUCAAGUGUUCCAAGACGAAACCCCUUCCCUUUCUGGCCAGAGAUUUUUCCGGCCGAGGAGUUGUGCGAACGCAGCUUCCUUGCUUCGUAUCCCGUCUCCUUUCUUCUUUCUUUGCCCAUUUGUCAUCUUCCGUUCAUCCUUAGGUCAGAAGUGGGAGAGGAGUAGUAAAUUGUGUGUGUAGAAAGGCGAGGUUGGCUCAAAGGUUUAAGCGAACAGGUGGUGGGAAUGCUGGGCCCUCAAAGCCCGGGGGGGGGGUCAUCUUGUGACUGUAGCAAUUCGUAGGUAGAACCACAAAACCAGCAUUAUUGGCCUUUCUCCCUGUUUAGGGGUUUCCCGAGGAGAGGGGAUCCCCCCCCUCCUCCCGUCUCGCCCUCAACAUCUUGCAAACCUCUUGGGGGAGAGAAGGCGGUCUUGAUCUGUGAAUGCAUUCUAGUAAGACCCCUCACCCUUCUGUUUGUGUACUGAGUCAGAAUAAAGCAAUUACACCACCUUCCAA